UAGCCGGCUAUGGAGUUGCUGAUACUUCUUACACUCUAUCUACUGUCCUACUCCAUUUGAUAGGUCAAUUUUCUUUCUCUUUAUUUACUUUUCCCUCUCCUAGGAACACUCAUCUCCUCUUUAAUAUUUUUACUUAAAAGUUAAAAAACUUGACUUUUUGUUGAUCAUAGAUUUUAGUGUGUGUGUGUGUAUGAAAGAGAGGAAUGGGGAGAACACCAUGUUGUGAUAAAAAUGGUCUAACUAGAGGACCUUGGACCCCUGAAGAAGAUGAAAAACUUGUUCAGUUUAUCAACAAGAAUGGUCAUGGUAGUUGGCGGUCACUCCCAAAACUUGCAGGCCUUCUUCGUUGUGGGAAAAGUUGUCGUCUCAGAUGGACGAAUUAUCUAAGGCCAGACAUCAUACGAGGUCCUUUUAGUCCCGAAGAACAGAAGCUUGUCAUACAGUUACAUGGCAUUCUUGGAAACAGAUGGGCUGCAAUUGCUUCACAAUUACCUGGGAGGACAGACAAUGAGAUAAAGAAUCUGUGGAAUACUCACCUGAAGAAGCGCCUGCUUUCCAUGGGCAUUGAUCCUCAGACUCAUGAACAGUACUCUGACCCCAAUGGACUGCUGAGAAGACCAGCUACCUCACCUUCUGCGCGUCACUUGGCUCAAUGGGAAAGUGCUAGGCUCGAAGCUGAGGCUCGUCUUUCCAGAGAGUCACAAUUCUUGGUUCCAUCAUCAGUUGGAAGGUCUGAGACUGACUAUUUUCUGCGCAUAUGGAACUCAGAGAUAGGUGAGUCAUUUAGGAAAUUCAAGAAAGGAGAAAAAAAUGCUUGUCAAAGUCCAACCUCUCAAGCAUCCACAUGUACAAAGUAUGGAUCAGCUUCAGGCAUUACGACUGAGUUUGAACUCGGUGUUGCUGGUUCACCAGUGACAGGAAGCAACCAACAUGAAUAUAAAGAGUGGAAAAUUGGCCAACCAUACACAGAAGAUUUCUUGCAAGGAUCAGACACGUCUAGCUCCAACGCCAUGGAAGAUUCAUCUGAAUCAGCAUUGCAACUUCUUUUGGAUUUCCCUAGUAACAAUGACAUGAGCUUUCUUGGACAUAGUGAUUCCUAUAGUUUGUAUCCCUUUUUGAGUGAAAGCUCAUGAUCUGCCCUUCACCAGAAUAUGCAGUGUGCUUCUUUCUCUGAUAUCAGUAGCUCCGAAACGUCGAUUUUCAAAAAAAUUCUGCUGGUUAUUUUUGUAGCUCCAGCUGUGGAAAGAACACAUAUUCUAACUCUACUAUAUAUUAAUGUCAUAUUAAUAGGGCUAUCUCAGUUCCAUCAGAGGAAAAGACAAAUGCAGUUUCCCUCUAUAUUUUGUAAUAGCAAUAGUACUAUAAUGCAUGAUAUUUUCUAAUAGAAA